GUGCUAUGCGCAAUGCGAUAACAUUUGUUUCAAUGGUGUUUGUUUAUAAGUUUUGUUUACGUGGUACAGAUUACAGAGAAGCUGCAUGCAGCAGCAAGUAACAUGUGGUCCACAGUUAAAUCCCUUGCUGACAGACUCCGGCAGUUUGAUGCUUACCCGAAGACUCUGGAAGAUUUCCAAAUUAAGACAUUUUCAGGGGCAGCUGUAACCAUUGUGGCUGGAAUUAUCAUGACCUUGCUCUUCAUGUCGGAGUUGUAUGACUACCUAACACCGAAGAUUGCAGAAGACUUAUUUGUGGACACUACACGAGGAAGUAAACUAAGAAUCAAUUUAGAUGUCAUCUUCCCAAAUAUUCCCUGUAACAUGUUGAGUUUGGAUGCCAUGGAUUUGAGCGGGGAACAGCAUGUAAAUAUUCACCACAACAUAUAUAAAAGGAAACUUGACUUAGAGGGCCGCCCAAUUCAAGAUCCUGUGAGACAAGAACAAAUUGGUCAUGGGACAAAUGAAGAAUUGAAUGUUGGCUCUAACAGAACAGAAACCACAACUGCAGCUCCUAAGUGUGGAAGCUGUUAUGGGGCAGAGUCAGAAAAAGAUCAAUGUUGUAACACAUGUGAGGAUGUCAAAGAUGCCUACCGUACGAAAGGUUGGGCCUUACCACCCCUUAGAAGCAUUGAUCAAUGCGUUAGAGAGGGCAAGCUGGUGGAAUCAACUGAUCUCCCUGAAGAAGGAUGUCAAAUAUAUGGCUACUUGGAAGUAAACAGGGUUGGUGGCAAUUUCCAUCUUGCUCCCGGUAAAUCCUUCCAGCACAAUCACUUGCACAUUCAUGAUGUGCAGCAAUACCGAACAUCAGAUUUUGACCUGUCCCAUCGCAUCCGACACCUGAGUUUUGGUGUUAAUAUACCUGGAAAAACAAAUCCUAUUGAUGGUAGUGAAUUUAAAACAGAGAAGGGACCAAAAACAAUUAACUAUUACCUGAAAAUUGUCCCAACUACAUAUGAAAAAGUUGAUGGCUCAACACUUUCUACUAAUCAGUUUUCAGUCACUCAACAUCAGAAGAACAUCCAGCUGGGGAUGGGUGAAACAGGACUUCCCGGGGUCUUCUUCACGUAUGAACUCUCACCCAUGAUGGUCAAGUAUACGGAGAAGCACAAAUCCUUGGGCCACUUCCUUACUGGAGUUUGUGCUGUCAUUGGCGGGGUUUUCACUGUGGCAGGGAUUCUCGAUUCAAUCAUAUAUUAUUCCCCACGCGCACUCCAACGAAAAAUUGAAAUAGGAAAAUCGUCAUAAAACAAAAUAUAUCUAAUUCUAGGUUUUUAUAGCUGGUUGGGGCCAUCCUUGGGCCAGAUGUACCAAACGCCCUUAUCUGUGGAAUAUCCAUCUCUGUCAGCUGUGAUGGGGGGAACAACCUAGUUCAUGGAACCACUUCUUGCCGUGUGGUGUGGGGGGAAUACUAUACUGUACUCAUUAGCACACAUCUUUGCUGCCUUUUAUUUUGGAUUUACUUCAUAAGCUGUUCUCUUCACACCUGUUGGAACCUUUGUUUCACUGACUGGUACUGUGGUAUAAUUAUUAUUGUAUAUAUUGGUAAUAUUAAAAUUAGUGUUUCUGCAGUAUUAAUGUGAGAAGUAAUCAUGUCAUACUUGGAUGACAUUAACCAAAUAAUUGUAUAUGUCUUAUGUGAAAGUUACAAGGUUGUUUAUUUUUAAGUAGUAUAUUAAGUUAAUUCUUAUUUAAUACAUCUUUUGAAAAGUAGUUAAUGAUUUCAUCCCAUUUUUAUUGACAAUUUACUUAUUAGCUUUUAUAAAAGUAUACGCACAAAACAUCCAUUAGUGAGUAUAAAUAGUCCACAUUGUAGCAAGUGCAGUAUUGUACAUACUUUGAGACAUACAAUAUAAGGAAGUAAACAAAAAAUCAAUAUUUAACACAAAAAUUCCAACUCCAUUUAGUGAGGAAACCUAUUGCACUCUAUAGCCAUACUAGCCUUAGUGCUUUCUCUUAAUAAAUACGUAUGUGGUGAGAAUAUUGAGACCUCAGUACACAUGGAGAAGCUGACAGCUUGCCAAGAGGAGAAAAUAACUGCACUUCUUCGGACAGAAAAGGGAAUGCAUGUGACAUGCUUGAUAGCGUUUAAAUGUAUGUUCAGUAUUUUUUUUUAAUUAUUUACUUCAAGACAUUAUUUUAACUACUCCAAGGAAUUAGUAAUAUAACUAUUUAUUCCUUGAGAAAUGUAAAUAUUUGCUGUCAAUUCUGGAAGAUAGCCAGGUGGAGCGUGUUAGCAACCUACUUUCAAUUACAAACCCUAAAUUUAAGUAUUAAUACAAUUAUUGCAAUAUAAAUUUGUUUUUGUUUUCUGGGCGGAAACCCCUUGGUAGCUCCCUGAAGUUAUCUCACUGAGAUGGCUCCCCACUACUGGAUCACAUCAGUCACAGGAGUCCUGUUUAGCCUACCAGAGACCAGGGUCAGAACUUGGGCCCCACCUCAGAGGCAUAAGAAGUAGGGGACUAUUGUCACCCCCUCACUGAGAAGCAUCAGGAAGUUAACGAAGGUUUACAGACAACUGCAAGGUUCAUUGGAAACAAAUGUUGAAAUAGACAAAUAGCUCUGCAAGUGAUUCAUUCCAGACAAUUGUUUCACUCGAAACUACAUAGUACGAACCCCAUCAGUACUGAUGGCCGCCAAAAGGGGGCCAGGAGCUCCUAGCCAAUAGCCAGCUCUAAGGUCAGUCCUGUCACUGAUGUUGACUAAACUUUCAUCUAUUAUUGUUUAGUGUUGGCAGUGCCACUAUUGCUUGUGUUCAGUGCCGAUACAGCUUUGGCACCGUUUCAGAAGUUGUCAUUCACCUCCGGGCAGCUCAUGCUGCUGCUCCUGAGCUACUGGGGUUUCUUUCCUCUUUCUUCCUCACAGUUCUUGAUGGUUCCUCCUGUCUAGCAUGUUUUUCUUAAGGGUGUGUUUUUGUGGGCUCUUGCCUCUGGCUGCAGGGUUGUUGAACAUCAUGCUCUCCUCUGGAGGCAGGGAUUCUGUUCUUUCAGCCUUGGUGGGUGUUUAUUUAUUUGCACCUUUCUCUUUUCUGAUGAAUAAAUUGGCAAGUUUCUGGAGGGAUCCUUUGAUGAUUGAUGGCUUAACUGGUCCAGCUAGGAGUGCAUCAUAUGUUGUGUCUGUUGGUGUUCUUUGCUGCUACUUACGUGCCACCAGUUCUCUCAGUGAAUGCUUUGUUGGUUGAUCCUGUUUCCUUGGUCCCUGUUAUGGCCGUUUUGAAUCAGCUCGUGCAAGUGGCUGAGUUGACCCUAAAAUUCCCAGAAAACAGACUGCACAAGACUACAGUACUGGAAAGGGAAUUAAAAUUCUGCUACAAUUAUACCAGUAUAUUCAUACAGGCUGCGCAUACACACAUACAUACAAAUAAGAUGAUCAUAAAAUUAUAACCAGUCCAGUGUUUAGAACCAAAGUAAAGUCAACACACUAAAAUAGAUAAUGGCACAAUAACUCUCCACUAGAGAUCACCCUAAACUUUGAAACAUCUAAGAAUACUAUCCUAUAACCCCAAGACUAUAUAUAUAUAUAAACUAAUUAAUGAUCUGAACAGAGCUCAAGGGUGGGUACUCAUCUCCAACUACCGGCACCAGUUAACUGACGAAAAUCCCGCUCUUGAGCUUACAGGCCGCCUACAACAGUACCAACACUUUGGAGGCAAUAGGCCUGGUAACUCAAAGACUAACCAUAUCUCUUUAAUCCCUUAACAUUUACUAGAAACUCCUAAGUACAGUGAUGCUUGUAAUAUACCUGCUUAAUUCUACAGGUGAGGAAUUAUGUCUACAUGACAUAUGCAUAUUUUUAAUACAUGUGGCUACUAUCAAAUUUGUUGGCAGCACUGACCGGCCAAGCUAGGCACCAUACCAUAGUUAAUUACAAUAUCUGGUUACAAUACUCCUAGACAAAACUAAGGGAUGAACAUACGGUCACAAAUGAUAAGUACUAACAUAGGCAAUUACACAAGGUAAGGUGUUAAGUGAAUACUAGCAUUAGUAUUAGUAUAACAUUCGUUAUUUUACCUGAAUAAACAUUUUGAAUUUGAAUUUUGAAUUUUGAAUUACACAGGACAUUUCUGUAAAUGACGGACACGAGGAAUUGGCAACAGAAAACCACAUGGCGAACAUGUGAUCUGACUGACUCAGUCCGCCCAACAUAACAUGGUAAUCACUAUUAUGAAUAAUCAUAGUACCAGUAAGUAACCUAUAUUAUCUUAUAAACAUUAAUGCACACACUUAAUAUAUGAUACCUUAAAGGUCCAAAUUCCACAUGUGGCAUGCAAACAUGACAGAUCUCUCAAGAAUCAAGUCACCACUGUAGGGGUUGGUAUCCCUGCCAGCCACAUCCGCUUACCAGCAUCCCUAGUACCCUCAACAACUAGCUCUAACGCACACAUGCACUCACUCCUAUAUUCAUACAAUAUAGCACUACAUCACCCACACUACAAUUACAUAACAUAACCCAAGGACAUCAAUAAAUGUGGGGAUCCUAAGUAACUUUAUUGUAUCUAUAUAGUUAAUUAAUGGAGAUAAUUUAGGUCUAUUAAUUCAUUACAGUGGUACCUUCGUUUACGAAUUUAAUCCCUUCCCAGAGACGGCUCGUAACCCAAAAAUUCGUAAUCCAAACAAAUUUUUCCAUAAGAAAUAAUGUAAAUUGAAUUAAUUCGUUCCACAUUCCCAAAAAUAUUAACUUCAAAAUACCUUUCAUGCAUAAUAAACACAAAUAUUUUGUACUAUAGUAUGUACAAGUUCAUAG